AUGAAGUGGCCCGUCAGCCUUCUCCCUCUUGGCCUUCUUGCCACUUUCGCCUCCGCUGCCCCGCUUAUGGAGCGACAGCUCGACCUCUAUGAGCUCCAGAUCUCUUGCCCGGCUAACAAGAAAGUCGACGGCCGUUUCCUUUCGCUAAAGAACAACACGUUGGGUGUUUUCGACGGAGAUGAUGUCUCCCCUGUCAAGGUCUACACUGUAGACAGUGAAAAGCAGGGGUGCAAUGAGCUACACACGUACCCAGUUGGCAUUGUCGACCACUCUAUUGGGCUCAUGGGUCCUCCUGAUCUGUUGACUCUUGUCGACAUGAUGAACCCGCAAACCGUCAAGCCUGGUGAAGGAGACAUUGCCCAGUGGGACACUUUCCAGCUUACGGACGGCAAGGUUACCAACAAUGCUGAAGGACAAUGGCUAGCAUUUCCGAACGGCCACGAUACUUGGAAGGUCAAAUGGACUGAUGGCUCGGCUGUUAUCACCACCGACUUCAUGGUUGUUGACGUUUUACUUAAGAGUGCUGGCGAGGGUCGUUAUAACGGGGACUAA